GCAGCUCCCGCCCCUGCACCCCAGCCUAAGGCCAGUUCUCAUUGCGGGGGGCUGCCUUCCAGGGCUGGCCAGGCAGCCGACUAGGAGCCUGGAACCAGGAUGUCGGCCAACAAAGGCUGGUGGGUACCACCCGAGGGGGACGACAGCGUGUCCACGAGGCUCCUGAGGAAGACCAGGGAGUCGCCGCUGGUGCCAGUGGGCUUAGGAGGCUGCCUGGUGGUGGCGGCAUACAGGAUUUACCGACUGAAGGCUCGGGGUCCCACCAAGAUGUCCAUCCACCUGAUCCACACGCGGGUGGCGGCACAUGCCUGCGCCGUGGGCGCUAUCAUGCUCGGGGCUGUGUACACCAUGUACAGAGAUUACAUCAAGAAGGCGGUGCAGGACACCGGGGAGAAGUAGCAACGCCCACCAGGCUGGCCUUGGCACUCCCAGACCC